AUGUCUCUUCAAGAGCCCAGCGAUCGAGAGCGCCGCAUGUACUAUUGCGGCCUUCCAAGCGGCCCGAAACUGGUCGCCCGAUCCAGCAUCACGCCCUGGUUUCAGCCUCAUGAGUGGCCGAAGAACAAGAGGCUUGAUGUGGCUACGGGACACAAGAUUCAGCAGCUAUGGAAUGACCCACAAGGAUCCCUUCGAAAACUCAUCAUCGGAAACCUCAGCGGCAUCGAUUGGACCGCCAUUGACAUCUUGCGCGUUGGGUACGAGGACGCAUACCAAGAUGAUGACCGACUAUCACAGUGCCCAGUCACGAUGCUCAUUUCCAUAACUGAGAACUCGACUUCGUUCCGACAGGCAGAAGCCACAAUCAUCGCGUGCAAAGAUAUUCUCAUCCGGUUCGGGCUCAAUGACGUUGAAGUCGAGAUGAAGGAAAGUAUCGUCAGCACCACUGCCUCGACCCCAGGCCCGGCUACCUCGGACCCGUCAGCUGGCCAAAGCGCCCCACGUCUCGACCCUGGCCCUUUCGACAACGACAUCAACGAUAUUAAGUACGACUUCUUUCGGGACAUCUCAGAGUAUAUAGGAACGUCGAUUGAUUCACCUCAUGAGCUCAAAGAAGGGACAAAGGGCCUCUACCUACAGGGCAACGAUGGUAAAACGUACGCACUUGCAUGUCGACAUAGUCUUUUCUCGGCAGAAUAUUGCAAAGAGUACCGUUACUACGAUGGGAACGACACCAAAUAUGUCCUUCAGCCAGGGAGCGACAAUCUGAGCAAGUUAGUGGGACGCUUCAAGGGUAGGAAGGAAGCAAUUGAUGAGACCAUUAAGGAGAUGGCAAAGCCCGCCUAUGACGCCCCCGGAUUCCAGGACAAGCUCCCAGACUUCUUGCAAGAACAAAUUCUGCUGCAGUCUUGCCAGCCUCGCAUGGAACAGUUUGAUAACGAGGCCUGCGCUGUCAUUGGUCGUGUUGAGUUCUCGCCUCCUAUCGAACUUUGCUCUCAACGUCUCAGACUCAGAGAUUGGGCUCUAGUCGAACUAGCACAGGACAGCUUUACCACCAGGCUGAGCGAGCUCAGAAACAAGAUCCCAGUCACGCAAGACCUCUCGUCGCUCGUGAGCAAGAUCCCUGCCUCUCCGACCGAGAUGGCCUGUCGGCUACGCUUUUCAGCUUCUCAUGAACUGGCUAUUGGACCCAUCAUUAUCCCCGGAAGUGAGCAAGGCCCCCCGGGCCUUGUUAUCUUGAAGCAUGGUCGCACAACUGGAUUCACUGUCGGACGUGCCAAUGGUGUCCACUCCGUCCUUCGUCACGCCUUUGAAAUAGCGGAAGAGGUGGUCUCUAGCGAAUGGUGUAUCGUUGGGCUUGGCAAUGCUUUCUCCGAUAAAGGGGACUCAGGAGCUGUUGUUUUUGACCUCGAGGGCCGGGUUGGUGGCAUGAUCACGGCUGGAUUGAGAAAGCAGGACAAUGCCGACGGUUUCGAUGUCACUUACGCCACGCCUAUGCAGUGGCUUCUGGACGACAUCAAGCGACACGGGUACGAUGUCGAGCUGCCUAAUUAG